AGAAUCGAUGGAAACAAAGCGCGUAGCCAUCGUCGGCGCCGGCGUGAGCGGCCUGGCGGCGUGCAAGCACCUGCUGGAGCGCGGCUGCCGGCCGGUCGUGUUCGAGGCCGACACCGUCCUGGGCGGCGUGUGGGCGCGCCCGCCGGAGUGCACCGCGCUGCAGACGCCGCGGCCCAUGUACCAGUACUCCGACUUCCCGUGGCCGGAGUCCGUGACGGAGGUCUUCCCGGACCACCGCCAGGUCAUGCACUACCUCGACGCCUACGCGCGCCACUUCGGCGUGCUCGACUGCGUCAGGUUCGGCCUCCGGGUGCUCGGGAUGGAGUACGUUGGCGUCAGCGAGGAGAAGCUGGCCGUGUGGGAGGAGUGGGGCGGGAGCGGCGAGGCGUUCGGCUCUGGCUCUGGCGAGUGGCGACUCAAGGUGGCCAAUGGCGAUGACCACGUCGAGACACACAUUGUAGAUUUUGUGGUCCUUUGCAUUGGGAGGUUCAGUGGGGUGCCCAACAUACCCGAGUUCCCCACCGGAAGAGGUCCAGAAGCAUUUGACGGGAAGGUGAUCCACUCAAUGGACUACUCCAAAAUGGGCAGUAUGAAAGCUAAGGAGAUGAUCGCGGGCAAGCGUGUGACCGUAGUUGGGUACCUAAAAUCAGCACUCGACAUUGCUGCUGAAUGUGCAGAAGUGAAUGGCACGGAGCAACCGUGUACGAUGAUAGUCCGAACAAAGCAUUGGAUCAUACCCGACUACUAUGCUUGGGGUGUCCACAUAUCAAAGUUGUAUCUGAAUCGCUUCUCUGAACUCCUUAUUCACAAGCCCGAUGAAGGUUUCCUCCUGAGCCUCUUGGCCAUCACCUUGACUCCAUUGCGGUGGAUAUUUUCAAAGUUCGCUGAGAGCUACUACUCCAUUCCAAUGAAGAAGUAUGACAUGGUACCUGACCAUAGCCUUUUCGAGGCAUUGGUGACAUGCUUGAUUGCCAUCACACCUAAAGAUCACUACAAGAGACUGGAGGAAGGUAGCAUUAUUCUGAAGAAGUCCAAGACCUUUAGCUUUUGCAAGGAAGGUGUGCUUCUUGAAGGUGAAUCUUCACCGACAAAAAGCGAUAUAGUGAUCUUUGGAACUGGAUUCAAGGGGGAUCGGAAGAUCAAGGAUAUGUUCACAUCAGAAUACUUCCAGAAGAUUGUUGUUGGGUCAACAUCAACAACUGUGCCUCUGUAUAGGGAAUGCAUCCAUCCUAAGAUUCCGCAGCUCGCAGUCAUCGGGUAUUCAGAGAGCUUAGCAAACCUGUACACAACAGAACUUCGGGUCAAGUGGCUAACACACUUCAUGGAUGGUGGCUUCAGAUUACCAUCUGUUCAAGCAAUGCAAAGGGAUGUCCUUGAGUGGGAUAAAUUCAUGAAGCGCUAUUCUCGUGUCUACUUCCGUAGGUCCUGCAUUGGUAUCCUUAACAUUUGGUACAACGACCAACUAUGCAAGGAUAUGGGGUGCAAUCCUAGAAGGAAGAAAGGCUUUUUCGCGGAGUUGUCCGAGGUUUAUGGUCCUGGUGAUUAUGUCAACCUCCACCCCAAAUAAGAAUGUGUUGUGUUUGCAUUUUCAUCGCAGUUAUGUACACGUCCUACCUUGUUCAGAUUCUUGCACGGUUCACAUUCAGUACUCACUUUGCGAUACCAUGUACUCAUUUAUGU